UCCGUCCAGCUGCAGCAUGGCACACAGCCGCUCCUGCGAGAGCCUGUGUGGCAUGCGGCCCUCACCCUCCACCAGUGACUUCAACUGGGACAGGAAGCUGCCCGUCAGACCCAGUAGCACAGGUGCCAUGCACCGCAAAGCCAGCUUGCAGAAUGCUACUUCCGAUUCAGAUCCCAUUCGGCUCCGGACCUCAGCUCAGGGCCCCAGAAUAUCACACACCUUAAUAGAUAUGAAGCCAGACCCCUUAAUCGCUGUUCCACCGGGUGAGAUUGACAUCAUCGCCCCCUGCAAACUGAUAGACCGGACCCAUAAUGUGACAGAGAAAGUCACUCAG